UUCUUGGACUGCAUAGAAACAAUAUAUGAUAUAGUUCUGCCGCAACGUCCAGCUAGUAGUAAUAGUUACCUUUUGAAUCAUCGGAUUAAUUCGUUUUUCUUUCGUGUCCCUUCUGACCACAGAGCUCUGGUCUUCGCCACUGUUGUCAUCUGGACAUCGCAGCAUCAUCUUGUACAUCGGCGACGUUCCGCAGAGGACAGCGCCUGCUCGUCAGACUCGUCAGGGCCGGGCGGAAGGAGGGGUCGCGGCCUGGGCGCGGACAGCACGAGAGGCCCCCCCCUGCGCCGCCGCCGCCGCUGGAUGGAUGGAGCCCGGCUGCGUGCACACAGCAAUGGCUAUGGGUCUGACAUCGAAGAAGGCGUCUGUCCGGAGCGUCGGCGUGGAGAGAAAAAACCUCAUCACGGUGUGCAGAUUCUCAGUCAAGACUCUUCUGGAAAAAUACACGGCCGAGCCCAUCGACGACUCGGCGGAGGAGUUCAUCAACUUCGCCGCCAUCUUGGAGCACAUCCUCAGCCACCGCUUUAAAGGCUCGGGCAGCUGGUUCAGCUCGGACGGACAGCGCAGCUUCUGGGAGUACAUCCGACUGGCGUGCAGCAAGGUGCAGAACAACUGUAUCGCCAGCAUCGAGAACAUCGAGAACAUCAGCGCGUCGAGAGCCAAGGGUCGAGCAUGGAUCCGAGUGGCGUUGAUGGAGAAGCGUCUCUCGGAGUACGUGUCCACCGCCCUGAGGGACACCAGAACAACCAGGAGGUUUUACGACGACGGCGCCAUCAUGCUGAGGGAGGAGGCCACCGUCCUGACCGGCAUGCUGAUCGGGCUGAGCGCCAUCGACUUCAGUUUCUGCUUGAAGGGCGAAACGUUGGAUGGGAAAUCUCCAGCGGUGAUCGACUACACUCCCUACCUGAAGUUCACCCAAAGCUACGACUGCCUGAGCGACGACGAGGACCGGCGCAGCGUGGACAGCAGUAACAGCGAGGAGAGCGUUCCCGAGCAUCCUUACAUCCCGCUGGUGACCGACGAGGAGAGCUGGAGCAACAAGUGUCGCAAGAUGGAGCAGCGCUUUAAGAUCGUCUACGCUCAGAAGGGCUACUUGGAGGAGCUUGUGCGUCUCCGCGAGUCGCAGCUGAAGAACGUGGAGACGGAGAACAAGCGUCUGAGGGCCAAAGUGGACGAGCUGACGGUGCAGAGUCAGCGCGAGAAGAAGGAGCUGGAGGCCAUCGUGCUGGAGCUGCAGGCUCAGCUCUCCUCCCUCAUGCCUUGUGACUCCUCCCACCUGGGAAAAGACCUCUCCAUCCCGCUCAUCAGCCAGUGGUCCUCCGUCACCAACAACCGAAGCGGCGUCCAGCUCUUCCGCAGGAGGAGUUUCCACAGUUUGGAGCAACUUUCCGCCGAGGUCAGUCUGAACUCGGACUCGCAGAGGACCGAGGAGAGGCACAAUGGCGACGCCGCCUGGACCUCAGCAGGCAAGGACACCACCCCCUCCAUGUUGGGCCUGUGCGGCUCCUUGGCGUCGCUGCCCAGCUCCAAGUCCCUGACCAGCCUCAAGUCCAGCGAGUGUCUGGUCAACAUCAGCGCAGAGCCCAGCCCGGCGCUCUCCCCCAGCUAGGAGACCCCCACCUACGCCCCCUAAUGCCCCCCGCCUGGUGAUGCUGUGACCCGCCAACGUCUCUCUUGAAUGUACAGCAGGAAUUGUGGUGUUUAUCCUCGCACACGCCCCCUCGCCGUCUUUUUUUAGUUACAAGGUGACACGCCACCAUCCAAACAACAAAGGAAACCAAACCAACAGCUUUGGAUGCUUAGCGGCCACACGCUAUGUGCUACGAGUCACGUGACCACACCACACACACACACGAGCAGGACAUCGCCUCCUGUUCCAGCCGCUAACUUUCUACGCUUCAAGCCUGAAAUGAUUUUUCUUUGUUUUGUUUUGUGUUGCAAUAAACUGCCUUUUACAU